GACGAAGUUCAAUAAGAAUGACACUGUUUAUAUGAAAUACGGAUUAAAAAGACCAUAUUUUAAUUUUGAGGACAUAGAAAAUGAGAAGUUUAUUAUUUGUAUGUAUUUUUGUUUGCGUCUGUUAUACAGCAACAGGGUACUGUCGUUCACAUGUAAUACAUAAAGAAUUUUGCACGGCCCCAAAUGGCGUAACCAUACCUGCUGGAGGAGAACUUCUUCUACAAGAUAAGUGUGAGAAAUGUACAUGUUCAAGCGGAACUGGUCAUACAUCGCUUAUUCUCUCCUGCUGCGGUUAUGGCAUACAUGCUGGUCCGAUAGCUCCUCCACCUGGUUGUAAAAUAGUGGCCGGCGACGACGGAUGUUCGGUGAAAUUGGUUCAAGUAACAGAUGAAUCGCAAUCAUGUCGUAUAUAAUUACACAGUACAUGACAUAUUCAUA